AAUGGGAAGCACACACACGCGAGACGGUGGCAAAGCGAGUCUAGAUUGAAUCCACGGCAGCAGCGGCAGCGGUAGCGGCGGUUCCACCAUGCUCUCCAGGUCCAUUCCGUGUCUGUGGAUUACAUUUUGCCUUCAUUUGUGCUGUUUCGUGGACGGCGGCGACGCGCAGAACGCGAAGGAAGUGAUUCUGCUGGACUCCAAGGCACAGCAGACAGAACUGGAGUGGAUCUCCUAUCCUCCCAAUGGGUGGGAAGAGAUCAGCGGCUUGGAUGAAAACUACACGCCGAUCCGCACAUACCAGGUUUGCCAAGUCAUGGAGCCCAAUCAGAAUAACUGGCUUCGGACUAACUGGAUAGAGAAGGGCGAUGCCCAGAGAAUAUUUGUGGAACUGAAGUUCACCUUGAGGGAUUGUAACAGUCUACCCGGUGUGGUGGGAACUUGCAAGGAGACGUUCAACUUGUAUUACCAGGAAACAGAUUCGGAGGUGGGCAGGAGCUUACGGGAGAACCAGUAUGUGAAAAUUGACACGAUUGCCGCUGACGAAAGCUUCACCCAGGGCGACCUGGGCGAGAGGAAGAUGAAGCUGAACACAGAGUUGCGUAUAAUCGGGCCCCUGUCCAGGCGGGGUUUUUACCUGGCCUUCCAGGAUGUCGGGGCUUGUAUUGCGUUGGUCUCUGUCAAAGUCUAUUACAAGAAGUGUUGGUCUAUCAUCGAGAACCUGGCAACGUUCCCAGACACCGUGACAGGAUCAGAGUUCUCCUCGCUCGUGGAGGUUGAGGGCAUGUGCGUGAGCGACGCCGAGGAGGAGGCCGACAACUCUCCCAAGAUGCACUGCAGCGCCGAAGGGGAAUGGCUGGUGCCCAUUGGGAAAUGUAUAUGCAGAGCUGGAUUCCAUCAAAAAGGAGACGCAUGUGAACCAUGUGGUCGUGGUUUCUACAAGUCUUCGUCCCAGGACCUUCAGUGUUCUCGCUGUCCGGCGCACAGCUUCAAUGACCGCGAGGGAUCGUGGCGCUGCGACUGUGAGGAUGGAUACUACAGAGCGCUGUCCGACCCGCCGUCAGUCGCCUGCACCAGACCUCCCUCGGCGCCGCAGAACCUGGUCUACAACAUCAACCAGACCACUGUUAGCCUGGAGUGGAGCCCGCCGGCCGACACCGGUGGACGCAAUGACGUCACCUACAGGGUUAUUUGCCGGCGCUGCAGCUGGGAACCAGAGGAAUGUGUUCCAUGUGGGCCCAAUGUGGGAUUCUCCCCUGCACAGUCGGGAUUAGUGGACACUUACGUGACCAUCGUGGACCUGCUUGCCCACGCUAACUACACUUUUGAAGUGGAGGCGGUCAAUGGAGUGUCAGACCUGAGUCGGACGCAGAGGCUGUUUGCGGCGGUUAGCAUCGCUACUGGACAAGCAGCUCCGUCCCAGGUCAGCGAGGUCAUCAAGGAGAAGGUGCAGCAGCGAAGCGUCCAACUGUCCUGGCAGGAGCCUCAGCAGCCCAACGGCGUCAUCACCGAAUACGAAAUCAAAUACUACGAAAAGGAUCAAAGUCAGAAGGACCGGAUCUACUCCACGGUUCGGUCCAAGUCCACGUCGGCUACCGUCAACAACCUGAAGCCCAGCACAGCUUACGUGUUCCAAAUCCGGGCCUUCACAGAGGCUGGAUAUGGAACCUAUGGACCCAGAGUGGAGAUCACCACCAAAGAAGAGAACACAGCUACGAUCGUGUCCAGCGAGCAGAACCCCGUCAUCAUCAUCGCCGUGGUGGCUGUGGCGGGGACCAUCAUCCUGGUGUUCAUGGUGUUUGGCUUCAUCAUUGGGAGAAGGUACGCUCUCGCGGGCCCCAUUGACUCUCCGCUCCUACACUGUGGAUACAGCAAAGCCGAUCAGGAGGGAGACGAGGAGCUCUACUUCCAGUUUAAAUUUCCAGGCACCAAAACGUACAUUGACCCUGAAACCUACGAGGACCCGAACAGGGCUGUCCAUCAAUUUGCCAAGGAGUUGGACGCCUCCUGCAUUAAAAUCGAGCGGGUUAUUGGAGCAGGAGAGUUCGGGGAGGUGUGCAGCGGCCGACUCAAGCUGCCUGGAAAACGGGACGUGUCAGUCGCCAUUAAGACCUUAAAAGUGGGCUACACGGAAAAACAGAGACGGGAUUUCCUGUGCGAGGCCAGCAUUAUGGGACAGUUUGACCAUCCCAACGUGGUCCACCUGGAGGGGGUCGUGACAAGAGGGAAACCAGUGAUGAUUGUCAUAGAGUACAUGGAGAACGGCUCAUUAGAUGCCUUCCUCAGGAAACACGAUGGUCAGUUCACAGUCAUCCAGUUGGUCGGUAUGCUGCGGGGCAUAGCGGCCGGAAUGAGAUAUCUGUCCGAUAUGGGAUACGUCCAUCGAGAUCUGGCUGCACGAAACAUCCUUGUCAACAGCAAUCUCGUAUGUAAAGUGUCGGACUUCGGCCUGUCAAGGGUGAUCGACGAUGAUCCUGAGGCCGUCUACACAACAACUGGGAAGAUGCAGGAUGUAAUGAAUUUGAUGUUUACUCCAGCCACUGACCUGCAUUUUACUGAACAGGGCGGAAAAAUCCCCGUCCGAUGGACUGCUCCAGAAGCCAUCCAGUAUCGUAAAUUCACCUCUGCAAGCGAUGUCUGGAGCUAUGGUAUUGUCAUGUGGGAGGUCAUGUCGUACGGGGAACGGCCGUACUGGGACAUGUCCAAUCAGGAUGUGAUAAAGGCGAUAGAGGAGGGCUACCGUCUUCCAGCCCCCAUGGACUGUCCACCCGGCCUUCAUCAGCUGAUGCUGGACUGCUGGCAAAAAGACCGGGCAGAACGUCCCAAAUUUGAUCAGAUCGUCGGCAUCCUCGAUAAGAUGAUCCGCAACCCCAACACCUUGAAAACCCCAGUGGGAACAUGUACACGACCAAUUAGUCCACUGUUAGAUCAGAGCACACCAGACUUCACCGCUUUCCGCUCAGUGGGAGAGUGGCUGGAAGCCAUCAAGAUGGAGCGAUACCGAGACAACUUCACAGCAGCUGGAUACAGUUCCCUGGAAUCUGUGGCCAGGAUGUCAAUCGAGGAUGUGAUGCGCUUGGGGAUCACGCUGGUGGGCCAUCAGAAAAAGAUCAUGAGCAGCAUACAGACGACCAGAGCCCAGAUGCUGCAUCUCCACGGCACCGGUGUCCAGGUGUGACGGACAGCGAGCUCGGAGGGCUGCCUCGGACAAGGGCGGGUUCGAAUGAACAUCAAAAACUGUAAAAAACAGAACUUAUCUGGAGCAGCGCCUGGGAUGCGGGCGGGAUAAUCGUCAUAGUAACCGGACAUGUGUUGUGUCUGGAGUGAAACCAUUCCUUUGUUCCUCAGUGAAGGGUCGUGGUCCGCUUCCUCAAAGGGCACGAAAAAGACGAAAAGGGCAAAAAUCAACAAUGGAAAAAAGAAACUACCUGAACGUGACGACUUUUCCUUUAAUUUUUCUCUUUUUGUUUCUUUUUCCUGAAGCGCUUAUGAACACAACCACAUAUCAAACAGCGCUUUGCAAAGGAGGUUUCUCGAUGUUUCUUUAACUUAAGUGAAGACUUUGCUAUGGAUUUCCUUUAAAAGAACGAAAAAUGUCCUCUUGCGGUGUCACUUCUCUCUUGUGUUGAUUUGUCUGCCACAGUGACAUGUUGUGGCACUUGUUUUUAUCUUUUUUGGACUUGACAACAGGGUAAACUCUUUUGUCUAAACACAGAGGGAAACCUUUUUGGGUGCAGAAUCAGAAGUAAUUUCUGUACUUUCCAGACUCAUGGAAAACGUCCAUUCAAACUCUACACCAGAGUUGGUUUUGACAAAUUUUUUUAACGAGGAAUUUUUCAGAACGGUGCACCAACAAGGAGAUGCAAGGAGGCUGAAUUGUUCUUUGAAUCACCAGACUUUUAUAUCAAGAGUAGCAAUAUCCUUUGUCCUAGCGUUCACUAAAGGUUGGAUUUUGGGAAUGUUUUCAGCACUGUUGAAAGAUUGUAUUGAAACCGCCGCUAACUGUUCUGCCAUCAUUUUGCCUAAAAUGUUGCAAACAGUGUUUUUGUUGUGCAAAUCCAAUUUCUAAAGGGUGGUUAGAAGAAAGGUCUUGUCGUAAUACUGCCUUAAAAUGUGUUGGGAAAAACAUUGCUGCUGUUUUAGGCACUUCAGUGGCGAUGCUUUCUGCGGUUCAUUUCAAGGGUGGGUAACAAGACUGAGCUCCCUUUUGUUAGUUUUAUUUUUCUUUCCUUGUAGUGUGAUGUCUUUUAUAUCUGGAACUUGAAUCAGUGAAAUUAAGUGCAUGGACACGGUUUAAUGCCACGAGUGACACAGUUAGGAGAUGGACUAAACAGAGCAAUAAUUACCAGGUAGAAAUGGUCCUCAAUUUUUAAGGUGCUAGGUUUUCAUGCAUGUCGAGUGCUGCACAGACAAGGAACAAGGAAAAGAGAGGAAAGGAAUGGACUUCUUUGACCUAAAAGAGACAGUUCUAAAGAGCUCCGAAAACUGCCGAGCCAAGUCAUCAAAUAAAUAAUCAUGUCGUGUUUUGCUGCUAUGAUAGGCUAAUCAUUUGACAGAAAUCUAACAUGGCGUAAAAAUGCUAAAUUGAGCGGCUGCACAGAUAUGAGAAGUACCUUUGGAAACACUAGAAAGGUGCUGGUUAUCCACGCCGACGUCAUGCUCUGGCAUCGAUGUGGAAUCAAAGAGCGCCUUCGGGGUUCGGGUAUGAAAAGGCAGGACCAAACGGUGGCGGAUCAUGGCGUUAAAUCCAACCGCCGCCGCUUCUGGAGGCAGCGACACAGACUGGCUUGUUUAUUCAUGUGUCUCGGCGGCUCAUCCCUCACAGGCGUAGAUGUGACGGAACAUGCAUUAAAGUGUCUCUUAAGAUUGUUCCUCUGUUCUUUGCAUGAGAAGCAGAGAUGAGUUUGGGGGGGUAGUAGGGAUGGGGGGGGGGGGGGGGGGGGCUUUGCACAAGACGUGCUAAAAGCCAAUCAACCUAUUUGGUGCCAUCUGUCUACAUUUCCAAUGCAAAGCGGAAAAAAGAACAGAAAAAAGAGAAAGUUUCAAGUAUGUUUGGGUGCAGUAUUCUUUGAUAAGAACAUACAGUUAUUCAGAAGUGGUGUUCACACAAAACCAUUUUAUUUCUCCUGCUGCUGCUGUAACCUAAAAGGGAAUUCUAUAUUUUCAAAGACCUUUCCUUUCCCUGUUUUUGUUGCCCCGUCCACACUCAGCUGGUGUAUAGUGGUGUCUACUUCGGAGAAUCAGAUAUACUGCUAUAAUACUUGAUAAAAUUUGACUUUCUGAGACUAUUUUGGCUGAUCUGUUUCACAGAUCACACAACACAUUUGUCAUGUACCUGUUUCCCUAAUGUAUCUGGAUUUGCAAAGAGACAAUGUGAUUAGAGCUGCAACUGACAACUGCUUAUCGCCCAGUUCUUUCUUAGUAUUUCCUUGAGCACUUGUCUGUAUAAUAUCAGAAAAUACUAACAGGUCCAUACAGAUUUUGAAGAGUCCAAAUCUCAAAGAGUGUCACAAACAACUGACCCUUUGUUAAGCCCUUUCUAAGAAUUUCUUAUUUGGAUGCACACAGACUAUCCUCAAAGUCUAGAGGUGGUUGUCACGUUUAAGCCGAAAGGGGUUGGAUGUAGAUUAGACACUAAUGACUGAAUCUAUAAUAUGACAUAUUUUAUAACUGACCUUGGCCUCACAUUAAUAGAGGAAAUAAACCAAAUGUUUAGGAAUAAUGUAAAACAUCAGUGAGAAGUAGAUAAACAGAUACACCUGCCAUUGGUGGCUAACAACUGUUUACUAAGCUAGUUAAAGUUAGGUAGCAUUUGACCUUCGAGCAAAGAGUUUUAUCUCAAUCAAAUUAACUUUGUAUCACAGCUCUUAAUACAUUGCAGUCCAUUUUGUUUCCUUCUUUCUGAUGUCUCACUUCUAUUAGAUUAUCUCUGGCUAGAGACAUGUAGAGAGACAUACUAGUAAAGCUUGAGGCCCACCAAAAGGAUGAUGAGACUUGACAAAGGGUCAAUAGUAACAGCAUUUGCAGCAGCUGGAAAAUGUUUAACAAUUGCAUUUGUUGUUAAUAUAUCUGGACUGACUGAUCAGAUAAUGAUUUUAGCAUGUUUGUGAGCGUCACUUUAAUCUAUCUUUGAUUGUCUUAGCGUAUUUAAAUCUUUUACAAACAGGGUGUCGAGCUGUUGUUAGUUAAAUCAUGGUUAAGCUGGUUAAUUGGGAGGGUGUGUUAAAGAAAACAACCGUAAAUGUUCUAAGGGCGUGUUGUUUUCACACUGUGGGUUGGAGUUAACCGGCUUAGUGUGGACACAGAACGCUCAGAUCCAUUUUCACAGCAGGACUCACCUUUGUGAGAAGACACCAGGAAUUAGUCCUGACCGCCUCUGAGCCCCCCCUUCCUUAUCCAUACAGCAAAGCUCAGCAGCUGGGCCUCAGCCAGACCUUUGAAUUACAUAAAGUCAUACAGUCAGCACAAAACUCCCCAGUUCACAGGCAGACGCUGGCCCCCCCACCCACCUCCUCUCUGCUUGGAUUUAAAGGGUUCCUGGCCCCCGGGGGCCCCCCCUCAGACCCCACCUUAUAAUACCUCUGUCCCUUCUUCUUUACUGUGCUGGGGAGACAGCAGUUUGAGCCAAAUUGAGAUUAAGGCCAGGAUACAAUCGAUCGAGUCUCCACAUCAUCUCCAACCUUCACUAACACCAGUCACUCGCUCACUUCAUCACGUUUUAGCCUCGUUCAUCCCCACGUCUGAACUUCAGGUUGCUCAACUUUGGAUAAAAGUUUUGUUGUGGCUCUAUAUCAGCAAAAAACACAAAAAGAAUAAAAAAUUUAGAAAAAGACAAAAAAUAAACGGACUAAAGUCUGGAGGAUGUAAAGGCUGACUGGAAUCAGGACGAGCAGAUAGAGUAUGAAGUUAUUUUUCCAAUCUUGCCGUUCAGGAGUUGUGUUUCACCGCUUUGGCAGGGUGAUGGAUAAUUCCAAAGAAAGCAGCACUGUUGAUUGUUUCAGAAAGAGCCUGGAUUGGAGGGAAUCUUUGUAUAUGUUCUAAUUGUAAAACUUGUACAUUUUAUUUAUAUUGUUUUUUACACCUAUUACUCAGUAGAGAGCUCUGAAUACAUUGAAAAUGCACUAUAUUUUUCUAUCUUGCAGAGGAAUUAUUGUCACCCACAAGAUUUCAGUUGUACAUAAUUUUUCAUUUAGGACCAAAGACGGCUGAUAGGAUUUCCAUCUUUUCUUUGACUUUGUCUUUUCUUUUGCCGUUUAGUUGACUGUACAGGAAUACAAAUUGUUGAUUUAUUAUUUAUUUUUCUGUGAUGAAAGUAUUGAGAAUAUUCACUGGUCAAAAGUAUUUUCCCCAACAGCAGAACUGUAAGAUCAUUUAAUUAGAUAAUUUCUUGUUACAUAGACAAUUCUUUUUGCUUUGUAACCUUUGUAAUAGACUGUACAUAUAUUUUUGGAAAUAUAAUACAAUCUCUAUAGAAGUU